AUGCUCUUCUCCCCUUGUCCGCCCUCUCCCGCCGCUAUCCCUGUUUCGUCACCUCCCCGUACUCCUCUCCGUCAUCAGGCUCCAAAGAAGGACGCAAAGGCCGAUAAGGCUCAAGCCAAGCCCGCCAAAUCCGGAGGCGGCAAGCAGAAGAAAAAGAAGUGGAGCAAGGGAAAGCAGAAGGAGAAGGUGAACAACAUGGUGCUGUUCGACCAGGCCACGUACGACAAGAUGCUUACCGAAAUCCCCAAGACGAAGCUCAUCACCUCCUCCGUGCUCUGCGACCGCCUGCGCAUCAAUGGCUCCUUGGCUCGGCGGGCCAUCAAGGACCUGUUGUCGAGAGGCAGCAUCCGUGUUGUGUCCACGCACGCUACACAGUCCAUCUACACCCGUGCUACCAACACAUAA